CACGGGGGCGACUCCAUCUCCCGCUCUCACCGUCCCCGCCUCUCCCGCCGCGGCGAGGAUCCAUGGCGACCGGCGCCGCCGCCGGGCGGGCGUCGGUGCGGCCCGUCGACAGGAACGGCGCGGCGCCACGCGGCAGCGCGCGCUCCAAGUCGGUCUCGCCGCGGCGGCCGCCAUCCCCCGCCCGAGCGCGCCCCGCCGCUGCCGACCACGACGGCGCCGCUGGUACGUCGGCUCCUUCCUCUCCCGCGAAUGUAUCGGAUGACGCCCCGCCCUUGGGCGCUCUUCCUGUUUUGGGGUCAGCAGUAGCAGAGGAUGGCCAAGGAAGGAGCGGGGGGAGGGCCCGACUGGAACGGUCUGCUCAAGUGGAGCCUCGCCCACGGCGGCGACGGCACCACCCCUUCGCGCGCGCUCAGCGAGGAGGACAGGAAAUGGUUCAUGGAGGCGAUGCAGGCGAAUACAAUCGAUGUUGUCGGCAGGAUGAAGGAGAUCGCCCAGGUGAUGAAAACCCCUGAUGAUGUGUUGCAGUCUCAAGGCGUGACUACAGAGAACAUUGAAGAUAUGUUGGAUGAGUUACAAGAGCACGUGGAAUCCAUUGAUAUGGCAAAUGAUGUGUGCAGAGUAAGGGUCGCGGGAAGGAUCCGGCCGAAGAACGCCGAUGAACUAGCUCAGGGCGCUGACUUCGAUAAUAUUGUGGAGUUGCAGCCUGAGGUGAGACGUAGAGCAGUUGUACCAUCUCUACACAAAAGAUAUCUGUCAGUGAUGGUUGAUAAAGUAUUUUGUAAUUGUGCCGAGAGAUUAGUGGAAAAGCUUGAGACAUAUGCUUUGAGUGGUGAACCUGUUAAUAUGGAAGCGAGGUUUUCUCAAAUGACUCUAGAUGUGAUUGGUCCCUUGUUCAACUACACUCCCAUAAAUUUUAGAAGUUUACCAUAUAUAUCAGUAUCUGGUUCCAAACACUAAACUAACUCUUAGAAGUUUGCUGCUCAUCACUUUCUCGUGUUCCCAUGUAGAAUGUUGAAUUAGCUCUUAUUCUGUACUCCCUCCGUUCCCUAUUAACUGACUCUGAUUUAUUACAACUUUUUACUAAAUCAGAGUCAAUUAAUAGGGAACACAGGGAGUACUUGCUUGCUUAAUGCUACCCCCUACAAAAAAAGAUUGGCAAUUGAAAUUCUUUGGACAGUUAAUCAACAGUUGACAAAAAACAUUCAACCUGCUGUCGACGAUGUCCAGUCUUAUUCACUUGCAUUUCUUUUCACAUUUAAUGACAUGCCACUUUCCUUUGAAUCUUUUACUAGUUCAUUGCUCUCUGAUCUGCUUAUAUUUUGGUUAGUUUUCAUUUAACCUUUUGUUGUGUAGAAUAAGAUUGUAUAGGGAUCUGUCGAUGUCGAACUAUUCUUAGAGGCUGCACUUGGUUUAUAUUAUGGAAAAGUAAACAAACCUGACAGGCUAAAGGUGAUCAUUGUAUUGCUUACUGGUUAGGGACAUGUUACAGUUACACAAUCAAACAUGAAUUGGAUUUAUUGUGUUCUCAGCUACUCAACUUACCUCUAAUUCGGAACAUACAUUCUGUAGGCUCUUUUACUUCUUGCACGCUCCAUUGAGGCAGAUCCAAGCACAUUUGUGUUUUAUCUUCAUAUUUACUAUCAAAAGGAUGAAGGACUUGGAACAUUUUCAGUGAACUGCAGGAGGAUGGGUGGAGGGUGGAGGGUGGAG